AUGUGCGCGUUACAGCUCGGGAUUUUGGAAGAACUUGAGAAGAGCGCAGAAGGGAUAGCAAACAAUUUAGACUCAUUGCUUCGUUCAUUAACGUCCACAUUAAGCCAGAUGUCAAGUCUUACCUUAGACUGUACAACUGUAUUUUCAGAUUCCGUGGAUUACGCUUGUGAAACUAUCGGUGCAUGUAUAAAGUCCACUUAUGUUUUGAUGGCCAAGUGCGAAGAAUUAUCCAAAUCUAUGUCUCAGCUAGAACCGUUAAAAAAAGAAAUAGAAGGUUUGAAACGAACUCUAAGUAAAUUUGAGGAGGCAUUAAGUACACCAUUGAAGUAG